ACUAAGCAACAAUGUCUUCAGUUCAGUAUCUGAGAGAGUUUGUCAACGAGCGACUAACUGCUGCUGCUGAAGAAAUAUUCGGAGUCUUUGAACAAACUAUCGUCGAGUACGAGGAAGAGAUCGAAGCGCAGACAGAUGGAUAUCGUUUGGAAACCCGAAAUAAAACUACACAGGACAGAGCUCCCUCAGCAUCAUGUCUGUAAGGAGGAGGAGGUUCACACUGACCAGCAGCUCUGUGACCAGGAGAGGAACUCCAGUCUGGACCAGGAGGAUCCAGAGCCUCCACAGAUUAAAGAGGAAGAGGAGGAACUCUGCACCAGUCAGGAGGGAGAGCAGCUUGUACUGAAGCAGGAGACUGAUACCUUUAUGUUGACUUCUACUAAUGAGGAAAGUGACCACCAGCUCCUCUUUCACAACUGUCCUGUAGCUGAGAGCCAAGAUCAGGAAGGAAGCGAGCAUGUAGACCCAGAAUCAACAGGAAAUGCAGAGACACAACCAAAGAAGAGACAUCACAAAAACACAAGUCACAGUGACAACAUUUAUAACUCUCCCACAGCAAAGAGUCACUGUAACACUCAGACAGGUGAAAAAUCAUUCAAAUGCGAAACAUAUUUUUGGCAAACGUGUGGGAAAAGUUUCCGCUCAAGUUUGGAUCUGUUGAUCCACACGAGAGCCCACACAGGCGAGAAGCCAUGUAGCUGCAACAUAUGUGGAAAAAUAUGUAUUAACAACACACACUUGAGGAACCAUACAAGAUCCCACAGAAGUGAGAAGCCGCAUACUUGCAAUACCUGUGGGAAGAAAUAUAAUUACAAGAGACUCUUAGAUAUACAUAUAAGAUCCCACACAGGUGAAAAGCCAUAUUCUUGUGAAAUGUGUGCGAACACUUUCACUACGCGUAAAUGCUUGUCGGUCCACAUGAGAAUCCACACAGGUGAGAAGCCCUACACCUGCAACACCUGUGGGAAAAAAUUUCGUGUGAAGACGGCCUUAAAUACGCAUACAAGAAUACACACAGGGGAGAAGCCAUAUUUUUGUGAAAGGUGUGGGAAAAGUUUCACUACUAAGCCAAUAUUGUCAAUCCACAUGAGAACCCACACAGGGGAGAAGCCAUAUUUUUGUGAAAGGUGUGGGAAAAGUUUCUCUACUAAGCCAAUAUUGUCAGUCCACAUGAGAACCCACACAGGGGAGAUGCCAUACCCCUGUGACAUCUGUGGGAGAAUGUUCAGGCAGCAGCCACACUUGGUGAAACAUCUAAUGAUCCAUACAAAUAAAAAGUCAUGUAAUUCCUGAACAUGUUGGAGAGCUUUCAGACUUAAUGGGGAAUUGACAGUCCGUAUGUAAAGAGCCUUUGAAAAAUGAUCUUGGAAAAAUAUUAGUUUUGCAGUGAGUGUAUAGAUUCUAAGAAUAUAAAUGACUGAACUCUGAAAUAUUAUUGAAUUUUAUGUUUUUAUGCUCUACCAGAGUUAUGAGUGGGCUGGUCUGUAAUGUUAAAGCUGAGAAACCCUCAAAUGCUGUUGUGUCACUUGUUUGGUCAUUUAACCAUUUAGUUCAUUUUGUAUAGAUCAUGUGCAUUCAUAUGAUAUUUUUAAUAAAUUUUGAUUUGAUCAAUUUGAUGUAAUUUGUAUGUUCUCAAGUUUUAGAGGUGAUGCACAAACAGGUUGUAGAGGGUGAACUGCAUUGUUUUGUAAAAGGUGCUAUACAAAUAAACUGACUUUGAUCAAAGAAUUUUAAUAAUGAAAAUAU